GAGUCGUGUUAUUCCUUUCGCAAGAAUACGGGGAGGAGGAAAGUAAAGAGGAGAGAGAGAGAGAGCGCCAAGAAGACCUCGUACCAGCUCUUUGCCGCUCUAAAAUCCAACCGUCGCUCUCUAUCAGUUCUCUCAUCCGAAACUCCGAUUGUAUAAAAUCAUAUAUAUACACAUCCAAUAAAUAUUGCAGGAAAAAAACGGCACAGUGAGUUGAGAAAAUGGGGCAGCCUUCGGUGCCUCCUACUCCUCCGCCGGCCCCACAAUCACCGGCCGGAGGUGGCGGCGGUGGCGGAUGCAAAGUCCGGUGCGCCGGUUGCGGCAUGAUCUUAACAGUGAGUCACGGAUCGAUGGAAUUCGUCUGCCCUACGUGCCAAUUGCCUCAGAUGCUGCCGCCUGAGUUGAUAAGGCCCCCACUCCCAAGCGCCACCGUGCCCGCUCACGGCAUUGAUCCCUCCAAGAUCCAGCUUCCCUGCGCUCACUGCAAGGCCAUCCUCAAUGUCCCUCACGGCCUCUCGAGGUUUGCUUGCCCUCAGUGCCGUGUGGACCUCGCCGUGGAUGUUUCCAAGCUCAAGCACUUCUUCCCCCCUCCCCCUCUUCCUCCUGCUGGUACUGCUCGGCCGCCUCCGGAAGAAGUCAACGAGGUAGCCAUUGAAGUGGAACGAGAAGAAGAUGAGGGUGGCAUGGCGGGAGAAACGUUUACAGACUAUCGCCCUUCCAAACUAUCUAUUGGUCCUCCCCAUCCCGAUCCUAUUGUGGAGACAUCGUCCUUAUCUGCAGUGCAACCACCUGAACCAACUUAUGACCUUAAGAUCAAAGAUGAACUUGAAAGUUCAAAAACAUUGUCAUGCUUGCAGAUCGAGACGUUGGUUUAUGCUAGUCAGAGACACCUUCAGCAUCUUCAGAAUGGUGCUAGGGCAGGAUUUUUUAUUGGAGACGGAGCUGGUGUGGGCAAAGGACGAACAAUUGCGGGGUUAAUAUGGGAGAAUUGGCACCAUGGGAGGAGGAAAGCAUUGUGGAUUUCUGUUGGUUCAGACUUGAAGUUUGAUUCAAGGAGAGACUUGGAUGAUGUGGGCGCAAUGUGUGUUGAAGUCCAUGCUUUAAACAAGCUGCCUUAUUCUAAACUUGAUUCAAAGUCUGUUGGAGUUAGGGAGGGAGUUGUUUUCUUGACAUACAACAGCCUUAUAGCAUCUUCGGAGAAAGGUCGUUCUCGUUUGCAGCAGCUUGUGCAAUGGUGUGGACCAGAAUUUGAUGGUCUUGUCAUAUUUGAUGAGUGCCACAAAGCCAAAAAUUUGGUACCUGAAGCAGGAAGUCAACCGACAAGAACAGGCGAAGCAGUCAUGGAGAUUCAGGCUCGACUUCCUGAAGCUCGUGUUAUUUAUUGCUCCGCAACUGGUGCAUCAGAACCUCGCAACAUGGGUUAUAUGGUUCGGCUUGGUCUUUGGGGAGCUGGAACAUGUUUCAUUGAUUUCCGUGAUUUUUUAGUUGCUCUAGAAAAAGGGGGUGUUGGAGCACUAGAACUUGUUGCUAUGGACAUGAAAGCAAGGGGAAUGUAUGUAUGUCGGACACUUAGCUACGAAGGAGCAGAGUUCGAUGUUGUUGAAGUACCGAUAGAGGUCAAAAUGAUGGAGAUGUAUAAGAAAGCAGCUGAAGUUUGGGCGGAAUUGCGGGUGGAAUUGCUAUCUGCAAGUGCAUUUCUUACCAAUGAGAAACCUAGUUCUAGUCAGUUGUGGCGUCUAUACUGGGCAAGCCAUCAGCGUUUCUUUAGACACAUGUGUAUGUCAGCUAAGGUGCCUGCUGUUGUAAGACUUACUAAGCAAGCAUUGAUGGAAAAUAAGUGUGUGGUCGUUGGCCUUCAGAGUACAGGAGAGGCACGAACUGAGGAAGCCGUGACAAAAUAUGGUCUUGAACUUGAUGAUUUUAUCUCGGGUCCUCGUGAGCUUUUGCUAAAAUUUGUUGAAGAAAAUUAUCCUUUGCCUGAAAAACCUGAAUCACUCCCAGGAGAGGAAAGUGUAAAGGAGCUUCAGAGAAAGAGGCACUCUGCAACCCCUGGUGUUUCAUUUAAAGGCAGAGUUAGAAAGAUUGCCAAAUGGAAAGCUUCAAGUGAUGGUGAAAGUGAUGAAGAAUCUGAAACUGAUUCUGAACACGAAUCUACUGAAUCUGAUGACGAGUUUCAAAUCUGUGAAAUUUGCAAUUCUGAAGAGGAAAGAAAGAAAUUGCUCCAAUGUUCCUGUUGCCGUCAACUUGUCCAUGCUGCAUGUUUAGUCCCACCUGUAGUAGAUGCAGUAUCUGGGGAUUGGUCCUGUCAUUCCUGCAAGGAAAAAACAGAUGAAUAUCUCCAAGCCAGGCAUGCCUACUUGGCAGAAUUAUUGAAGAGAUAUGAAGGUGCUAUGGAGCGUAAGUCAAAAAUUUUGGAGAUAAUUCGUUCUUUGGAUCUUCCAAACAAUCCAUUGGAUGAUAUUAUUGAUCAGCUUGGCGGCCCUGACAAAGUUGCAGAAAUGACAGGGAGGCGAGGCAUGCUUGUUAGGGCCUCUCAUGGAAAAGGUGUCACUUAUCAGGCACGGAACACAAAGGAUGUGACUAUGGAAAUGGUCAAUAUGCAUGAGAAGCAGCUCUUCAUGGAUGGUAAGAAGCUGGUUGCAAUUAUUUCUGAGGCUGGAUCUGCUGGUGUUUCUUUGCAGGCAGAUAGAAGGGCAAUUAAUCAGAAAAGAAGGGUUCAUUUAACUCUAGAACUGCCUUGGAGUGCAGACCGAGCGAUUCAACAAUUUGGAAGAACUCACCGGUCAAAUCAAGCUUCUGCACCCGAGUAUAGGCUACUCUUUACUAAUCUAGGUGGUGAACGCCGGUUUGCAUCCAUCGUUGCCAAGAGAUUAGAAUCUCUUGGAGCCUUAACACAAGGAGAUCGUAGGGCUGGACCAACUCUGAGUGCUUAUAAUUAUGAUAGUGCUUAUGGAAAGAGGGCCCUGACGAUGUUGUAUAGAGGAAUCAUGGAGCAGGAUUCUCUGCCAGUUGUACCACCAGGUUGUUCAUAUGAAAAACCAGAUACUAUCCGAGAUUUUAUUGUCAAGGGAAGAGCAGCUCUUGUUUCUGUUGGAAUAGUUAGAGAAACAGUUCUUGGUAAUGGGAAGGAUUUUGGAAAGAUUUCUGGCCGUAUAGUUGAUUCAGACAUGCACGAUGUUGGACGUUUCCUCAAUCGACUAUUAGGGCUGCCACCAGAGAUCCAGAAUAGGCUCUUUGAGUUAUUUGUCAACAUACUUGACCAUCUUGUUCAAAAUGCACGCAUUGAAGGACAUUUUGACUCCGGGAUUGUUGAUAUGAAAGCUAAUAUUAUUGAGCUACAAGGAACUCCAAAGACUGUUCAUGUUGAUCACAUGUCUGGGGCAUCCACUGUACUCUUUACUUUCACAAUGAAUCGUGGAAUCACAUGGGAGGCUGCAUCUGCCUUGCUUGAUGAGAAGCAAAAGGAUGGUCUUGGUUCCGCUGAUGAUGGAUUCUAUGAAUCUAAAAGGGAAUGGUUGGGAAGACGUCACUUUCUUUUAGCAUUUGAAGGUUCUGCUUCUGGAAUGUACAAUAUAUUCCGUCCUGCUGUUGGGGAGGCACUGAGGGAGAUGCCUCUAAAGGAACUGAAAAACAAGUACAGAAAAAUAUCAUCUUUAGAGAAGGCACGUAAUGGUUGGGAAGAUGAAUAUGAAGUUUCAUCUAAACAGUGCAUGCAUGGGCCCAAUUGUAAGCUUGCCAACUUCUGUACGGUUGGCAGAAGACUACAAGAAGUAAAUGUUUUGGGUGGCCUCAUUCUUCCUGUUUGGGGAACUAUUGAGAAGGCCCUUUCUAAGCAGGCCCGUCAAAGCCAUAAACGAAUCCGUAUUGUGCGUAUAGAGACGACUACAGAUAAUCAGCGAAUUGUUGGGCUUCUUAUCCCAAAUGCAGCGGUUGGAUCCGUGCUUCAAGAUUUAGCAUGGGUUCAAGAUAUUGAUGAUUGAGAUGGAACUAUGGAGGUUCUUUCUGCUCAAGUGUUGACUAAUUAUAGCUAUUAUCUGGUCGCUUCAUUAUCCUUUUUCCUCAAAGUGAACCGGUCAGUAUUUGGUGCACACAAUGGAUGCACACAGUACAGUUCCUCUCCGGGAGAACCAGCGCAAGCAUCAAAUUGAAAAUAUUAAAGAAUCAAUUCUGCACCGCGCAAUGGAAUUGUGCAGUCUCACUGAUAUUGAUGUGUAAUUUUUUGGCUCCAUUUUUUGUCAUAUUUUUUUCGAUAAAUUAUGAGAAGUAUCAUGGAAAACAAAUAACAAUUGAUAGUUGUACUGAAUAGUUCUGCUGCAAUCAACUUGUACCACAGUUACAACGAUACGAUGUCAUCCAUUUAUAGUUGAAAUACAAAGUAUUCAUUCAGAGUUA